AUGAGUUUUCCGACAUAUGGAAUUGUACACUGGGAUGGUAAUGUUAUUAGAACCGAAUUAGGUUACGACUAUGUUGGUGGCCAGCACCUUUUUUUCCGUAUUAAUCGAAGGUUGAAUUAUGAGGAUCUUUUUAUGAAAAUAGUUCGUUCUACAAAUUUGUUAGACCACAACGAAUUUAUAUGCAAGAUUGAAUAUAGAAAACCAAUUAUUAAUGAUAACGAUUACAAAUUUGAACUAGUUAAGCUGCUGAACGAUGCCGAUGUAGAGAUGAUGUUCGAUUACGUCAGUAGUCUAGGGUCUGAGAGCAUAGUCUUUUAUGUCGAUGUCGUUAGAGAUAUUCAUAGAAAUGAGAACGAUGAUUGUGCUGGUCCCUCUUAUACUGAUCCGAAGACGAGGUCACACUGUAUUUUGCAUUCGAAUAUUGAUGAGCAAGACAAAAUUAUAGUCAGUCCAAUUAGUCUGUUUUGUACUGAAGACUUAAACUUUAAUGCUGUUGAUAGUGUUGUUAAUGAAGUUGUGGAUGAAGUUGAUGAAUAUGUUGACUCAGAGAGAUUAUCUGAUUCUGACAUUAACGAGUACGAAAGUGGUUGGAUUGAGGACGACGAAUUAUUAUCAGGUGAUGAUAAUGUUAUUGCUCAGUAUACUAAUCCUAUUUUGCCACUAGUUCAUCCACCGCCAUUUUCAGAAAUAGAUUUUGAAUUAAUGCGUGUGGACCCUUAUGCAAAGCCACCGACUGAUAUGUUUUGGAGUCCGAAUAUGGAGUUUUCUGUUGGAAUGAUUUUUCCAAACAGAGAUGCUGUCAUGGCAGCAGCUAAGGAAUAUCAUUUGCAUAGACAUCAUCAGUUUUGUUGUUAUGAGACAAAGAGAAAAACAUAUAGUAUUAUAUGCAAGAAUAAAAAACAUAACUGUAAAUGGCAUAUGCGUGCUUCAAUGAAGGAGGGAUCUGAGGUUUGGAAAAUUGUAUCGUAUAAUGGGCCGCACACUUGUUCAAAUGCAAUUGUUGAAAAAGACCAUCCUCAAUUGGAUAAUAAAUUUUUAUGUAAAUUUAUUUUGCCUAUGAUAGAAGAACAACCACAAAUUAAAAUCAAAACACUUCAGGCUGAAGUUAGAGAUAAAAUUGGAUAUGAACCUUCAUAUUCAAAAACGUGGAAGGCAAAACAAUUUGCAAUUAGGAAAAUUUUUGGUGGAUGGGAUGAAUCGUAUGGAAGGCUUCGUAAGUACAUGAAUGCAGUGUGCCACUUCAAUCCUGGUUCGAUCUUCAUAAUUGAAGAUGAUCCCCAUUACAUAAAUGAUCGUUUGGAUCGUACUUCUCGUGUAUUUGAUCGUAUGUUUUGGGCUUAUCGUCAAUCUAUUGAAGGAUUCAAGCAUUGUCGACCAGUAAUUUUUGUUGACGGGCGUCGAUACAACACAAGACGAUCAAAUGAGAGGAGACCACAACAUUGUGGCACCGGCGGUCAUUUACAUGGUUAUCAUUAG